AUGUCGGUCAAACCACCAGAAGAAGAAGAACUUCAAAUCGAAAAAAAAUAUAACAAAGAGAAAAAAAUCGGUGAAGGAACGUAUGCGAAGGUGUAUAAAGGCACCGAACGCGAAACUGGCCGUGUCGUCGCCAUUAAGAAAAUUAAACUCGUACAGACAGAAAUUGGUUUUCAGGGUAUAGAAAUAUCAGCAGUGAGAGAGGUAAAGGUUUUACGAGAACUAAGGCAUCCUAAUAUCAUCGAGUUAAUCGACAUUUACUCACACCAAACAAAUUUACAACUUGUAUUGGAAUAUUUGGAUUCAGAUCUGGAAAUGAUAAUUAAGGACAAGAGUCUUGUAUUCAUGUCAGCUGAUACUAAAAGUUGGAUGUUGAUGACGUUACGCGGUUUGGAUCAUUGUCAUCGAAAUUGGAUCCUUCAUCGUGACAUGAAACCAAACAACUUGUUGGUCGGUAAGGAUGGCCAGCUGAAAAUUGCAGAUUUUGGUCUAGCGCGUGAUUUCGCGGAUCCACACGUUAAGAACAUGUCACCACGGGUUGUAACUAGGUGGUAUCGGGCUCCGGAAUUAUUUUUUAUUCCGUCGCAGUAUAGCUACGCAGUUGACAUAUGGUCAGUGGGUUGUAUAUUCGCUGAAUUAAUGUUGCGAACACCUUACCUUCCUGGAGAGACAGACCUAGGACAACUUGAAACCAUUUUUCAAGCAUUAGGAACGCCUAACGAAGAGGAUUGGCCGGGGUUUUCCGAGCUAUCGAAAAAUGUCCGUUUUCAAAAAUUUCCUAGGCCACCUCUGAAACAACUUUUCACGGCCGCAGGGAAUGACGCAAUAGAUUUGUUAGAAAAGUUAUUGACCUAUGAUCCAAAUAAAAGGAUUACAACGCGUGAGGCGUUAAACCAUCCAUAUUUCAGGAACAAGCCAAGACCCACACCUCCAGAACGUUUACCAAAACAAGAAAAAACACCAUUGGAGGAAGAAGCACAAUCGAAACAAUUGCCUUCGACCCGAAUGGAUCCUAAAGAAUCAGGUAAAAAUAAGCGGAAAGCACAAGACUUGAGUAGUAACGGUGACAAAAAAAUUCAACGUACAUGA